UAUUAUUAGCUUACUUCUUCAAAACCCUCAGUCUCCCUGUGUUUGUUUCAGUUUUAACUGUAGAAAAGAAAAGCAAACAAAAAAAAAAAAACCCUUUUCUUCAUCUUUUUCUUCUUGUUUAUUGUUCUUAGUUAUGGACAUUCAAGAUCAUGGGAAAAAUCAUCCCUCAGGGCAUGAGAGCCAUGGAGGAGUUCAUUUAUGUCACAAAUGUGGAUGGCCUUUUCCAAACCCACAUCCAAGUGCAAAACAGAGGCGUUCUCACAAGAAGAUAUGUGGAACCAUUGAAGGUUACAAGCUAAUUGAUUCAAGGGAUAUUAUCACUCAUUCAACUCCUUCAGAUGAGGAACCGCUUUCAGAUGAGUCUCAUAAAACCCCCUGUGCUCAAGUUCCUAAAGUUGUGGAAAGCUGUAGUUUGGAGAAAAAUAUUGGUGGAAUUGGAGCAAUGUCCAACAAAUCUGAAGAUGACGUCUUUUCGGAUGCUGCAAUGGAAUUUCAAGAUGGUGGAUUUGGUCUCGGAAGGCUGGACAGUUUCGAUCAUCCUAGCAAAUCAGACAAGGAUCUUACUCCCGUUGUAUCUUUCAAAGAUUGUGAAGACACCUGUGAUGUGAUCCCAAUCAAAAUGGAACCUCUAAUGGACGUCUUGGAAGAGAGUAGUAAAGUCGGUGGUGGUGAUAAGAUGGCAGAAUACACUGUUAGGCAGGAGACUAAUGCCGAAAAGAUAGAAAUGAUGCUGGAUGGAAUUUCAGAUUUGGGUCAGUUGGAGGAAGAUUUUAGUGACAGGUUGGCUUCUAAAACAUCCAUUAAUGAAAAUGCUGAGCAAGAGAGUGAUGGAAAGGGACACCUGGGAAUUAAUUUAGAACAAAAUCUAACAGAUGUUGUGGCAUCAAACAGGGUUCAUGCGUGUGUAACAUCUGAAAAGACGGAUGAUAUAACUCCUGAGACUCGGUUGGUUGAUAGAGUAGUCAAAGUAAAAGAAAAUGAUGAUAAAUUGCCUCUCAACACUGUCAUUAAUGAUCUUUCGGCUAAAGAUGAAUCCGCAAAAGAUAUUGAUGCUUCUACAUAUAACUUUCAAAUACUGACUGAUGCAGCACAAGAUUCAACUAAGGUGUGCGAUAAAACAGAGAAGGAAAAUGUAAGUGUUUAUGCGCUAAAGCAUGAGAGUUUUAAAGAUCAUAACACGGUGAAAUUGCCUCAAUCGAGGGCCUUAGCUUCUGAAGAAAUAAUAGUUGAUGAGGAAGAUGAAGUCAAAGACCUUGUUUCUCAGGAGAAAUGUGAUACUUUGUCAUUAAAGCAGCUGGAUAAAGACAAUGAGGCAGAUGCUUUGUGCAUUCAUGUUGCCGAAGACAGCUAUAAACUUGGUGGAAAUAAAGAAGAGCUUGUUGAAGGGAAAACUGAUGUUAUUCAGCUUGAUAAAGGGUCUGAUACAUUGGGGUCUUUUGUUGAUGAUGAUACAACUAAGAACAAGAAGGACCUGGAAGUCUGGUAUCUCAAAGAAAAGCAGCCUGUUUUGGUUUCUCAUACUGAUGUUGAGUUAAAUAAUGCAUGUGGCAGUGAUGAUAUGGACGUUCCUCAAUCGGGUAGAAAUGGGGCUCAUAUAACUGAAGAUGAGAACACGGGAAGAAUUGAUGAUGAAAAUUAUGUGAAAAAGACAUUAACGUCAAAUGAAUCUACAAACGGUUCAUCUCUGUCCCAAACCAACCCAUCAUCGAACUUACUUGAUGUUGAAAAUUCUGCAUCUGAAUCUGUUAGCCUGCAUCAUGAUUCCCCAGUUGCCGCCAAGGAAGAUAAUGAUGAAUAUACAAGGGCCUUACCUGAGACUGAAGGCCCACACUUGAAUAGGGCUUCAAACAGUCUCGAUGACAUGAAGGAAUCCGAAAUAAGUAGGGAUAUCAAGUUACAAGGAGAGUGUGUGGGCAAAGAUCUUAUGACUUCUGCAGUAAACAACAUUGAAGGAAAUGAGUUUGAGAAAACUUCACAGGACCAAUUGAAGAAAGACUCGAUACAUUCACCAUCAUUUGCUGAGCCUACGGGUCGAAUUUCUGCUGCUGUUGAUGAUAGCCAUACUGGAGAGUCCGGAGUGGAUGCUUCCGGGACUAGCACACUAAGUUUGCAAGGGGAGGCUGAUAAUGGCUCUAUUAAGCCUCAACUCGAUGCACCCGUAGGUGAUGUUUCAAAAUCAAGCAGUCACAAUGAUAGUUUGGAUGGUCAGUGGGGAUCUGUUUCGGUUUUCUCGAUGCAAUCAGAUAACCCGGCUGCAAUCAACACUGAAAAUUUAUCACCAAUUGGCUCACAUCCGUUGUUGGAACCAGAGAAAGCCAACAUAAACAAACCAUCAGCAGUAUUGGGAGAAAAACAUUUCGAUAAAUCUGAUGAAUUCAAGCCACCAUCUUUCAUGACACUAGUUGAACCUGUAGGCAGCAACGAAAACGCCGCCGCUGCAUCUGAAGUCCAGACAGCGCAGAAUUCACAACAUGCUGGCUGGUUCCCUUCUAUUACUCACACGGCAAGUGAGUCACAAGGAAGAAAGAAGGAAGAGAUCAUAGCAAAAGUAAACAACUGGAAUACAAUGCAGCACACUCCAUUGAAGAGCCUACUGGGUGAAGCCAUUAAUGAGACCAAACCAAAGUUCCCAAAUUCCCCCAAGGCAGACCCAAGAGAUGAAAAAGUAACGAAAGAUAAUGGAGGCAUGGUUACCAAAGUUAGCUCAAUUCUGGGACCUGAAUCACCUGAAACUGAGCCAAGCAAUGUGGAAAAAUGGGAUUCUCCUGCAAGGUAUCAAGCUGAUAUUAAAAGAGAGAAAAGGAAAAUGAAGGGUAGGCCACUCUGGACACAGUUUGUAUGCUGUUCAUCUGCAAAUUAGGAUAGGAUCAUAAAUGCCUCUAGACAUUAUUGAGUGGGGGAUUGCUUCUCAAUGGCAUUGUUUAAUAGCAACUCUUUUAUUUUUUUCCUUUUUAGCCUUGAAUUUUUCUUAUUCAUGGGAAUUUGUAGCUUGUAAAUUAUUUGGACAAUUGCAUUGUUUUUUUUUGUUGUUGUAGUACUAGUAUAUUCAUAUUAUUUAGUAUA